UAGUAAUACAUCACCUACGCAAUAAACUAUUUUAAAACCCACAUCCCAUGAAAAAAUAUCAUUUGUCCUCAAUGAUGCUAAAUAGUGAACUAAGUAUGAAGAUGCUGCUUAAGCUAUUACUCCUAGCGUUUUGUUUGACAGAAGUGACCUGCCAGAAACGGACAACAUGCAGAAGCUUGAGAUGUUUAAGGGAUGAAGUGAGACAGUUGCAAACAUGUUGUCAUGAAAAAGAUGUGUCGAUUGCGAGUUUGAUUCAGCGUAUUGAAGAACUUGAAGAAUCUCAAGAGCAGACGAUGUAUGAAUUAGAUCAAAUCACCGAAUUGCUGAAUGAAGAAACAAAAAAAUCACUCGAUAUACCCGAUGAUGAAGAUAAGGUUGUACCUGGUAAAGAUAGUUUUGAUGUCCCUUCUACAACUGCACCUACCAAAACAACUACACGGCCAACUUCAUCACCGAGUACAGGCGCUACGAAACCUACAACUACGAAAGCACCACGCAAGCGGCCACUAGACUGCCCCGAUAAAUGGACAAAAACGGGAAUGAAGUGUUUUGUCGUGGUAUCGAACCCGGGCGUUAAUAUACUGGAUGUCCUUUUGGAUUGCUCUGCGCUGAAUACAUUCGCCCAUCCGGCCUCUAUUCUUAGUGAGGAAGAGGACAACGCCUUCAACACGGCAAGAUCUGCGGCAAAUGUUUCAGACACAUCGAAAAUCUGGAUUGGGUUAAACAGCAUAUCAAAGGGGUUUUAUACUUGGUAUCCUGAUAACAAUCCCUUUAAUUCAACCCUUGUGGAUCACCUUGAUGAUGCAGCACAAAUCCCGGAGCUCUUCCAUGCCAUCUAUACAACAGAACUUGACGGUGCGGUUGUGUGGAGAAAAGAACAGGCGUUCAAAAAAUUAGAUGGGUAUUCAUGUUCAAUAGAUCUGGCUCAAAGAAUAUCCACUGUCUAAAUUAUUUCUCCAUCAGUAGCAAAAAUGGAUGAUUCUGGCAUAAAACUUUAAUGAAAGAGAGCAUGCAGCCAGUAAAUAUUGUACAUAGUGACAGAAGCCUUGUAUAUUAGUAACAGUCAAUAGAGGGAGCAGUCAGUAUAUUGGACUUAGUGACAGUCAACAGCUCAGAGGGCGCAUUC